AUGGACGAUGGGAGGAAGGAUAAAGGCAGCCCGCUGCCCAGCGUUGCCCCCGCCACCAGCGUUGCCCCCGCCACCAGCGCUGCCCCCGCCACCAGCGCUGCCAGCAAUGACUGCUGGGAAGGAAAGAAGCCCUCCACUCCGACCAGGAAAACAGGGGAAAGCAAGUCCUACCUAUCUGCAACCUGGAAGCGAUGGUUUGUUCUUACUGACCGUCUGUCUGUUCAUCUUGCAGCCGAAGCCCCCGAGAACGCCAUCACCAUAGCGGUGUCAUCGCGUGUGCUGUUCAGCAUGGAGGAGCAGCAGCUAAUCCACCAGCAGAGAGGCCUGGAGGAAUACCUACAGCACCAGAUGGAGCACGAGACGGAGCCGCUCGCCCCGGGCCCUGCCUUCUCCUUUGUAAAGGCUCUGGAGGCAGUGAAUGCCAGGCUGAGAGAGCUGUACCCUGAUAGCGAGGAGCUGUUCGACGUUGUGCUCAUGACCAACCACCACGCUCACGUUGGCCUGAGACUCAUCAACACCAUCAACCACCACGAUCUGUUCAUUGAGCGUUUCUGUAUGACAGGAGGCAACAGUCCCAUUGGCUACCUGAAGGCUUACCACACCAACCUGUACCUGUAGGCUGACCCUGUGAACGUCCGCGAGGCGCUGGAGGAAGGGAUCGCAGCGGCCACCAUGUUCACCCCAGAGAAGCUGACUGUCGUGUCAGAGAGCCAGCUCCGCGUGGCCUUUGACGGUGACGCUGUUCUCUUCUCUGAUGAAUCGGAGCGCAUCUACAAGGCUCACGGACUGGACAAGUUCUUUGAGCAUGAAAAGGCCCAUGAGAACAUGCCCCUUGACCAUGGCCCUCUGAAGGGUUUCCUGGAAGCUCUGGGGAAGCUACAGAAGAAGUUCUAUUCCAAAGGUCAGCGUCUGGACUGCCCCAUCCGUACCUACUUAGUGACGGCCCGCAGCGCCGCCAGCUCGGGGACCCGGGCCCUGCGAACGUUGCGGGCCUGGGGACUGGAGGUGGACGAGGCUCUGUUCCUGGCCGGGGCACCCAAGGGCCCAAUGCUGGAGAAAAUACGGCCGCACAUCUUCUUUGACGACCAGAUGUUCCAUAUAGAGGGGGCGGCGGAGCUGGGGACUGUGGCCUGCCACGUGCCCUAUGGGGUGGCUCAGACCCUUCCAGCUGGGAAGCCUGCCAGGCAGAAGGACUCCAGCCCCAUGUAG